AAGAUAGACAAUAUAAAUAAACAAACAUAAACAUAAAAAUAGUAAUAGUACUUGAAUAUAAUACUCCAAAACCUAUUGAACACCGUUUAAGUUCAAUCACUUAAAUUCGUCGUCUUCCUACACCCCCUCUCCUUUCUUAUUCUUCUGCUAUUACAGAUUUUUAUAUAUUUUACGUUUUAUAUUAAAAAGUACGAAGUAUAAAGUAUUCAUUUUGAUCUUCUUCCAAAGGAAUAUAAAAAACCAGGAUCAGAAAAAUUCAACAAAAAAUCAACCCACAUUUUUGUUUCUGGGUAUCUUUUCAACUCUAUUCAAACUCUUUCCCGCUCUGUAAUACAUUACUCUCAUUUCAUUUCAUAAAUUUAAAAUACCCACUAUUCUUAUUUUUCUGCAAUUUAUUUUGACAAUAAAAUUAAAAAAAUAGCUUAAAUGGUGAAGUGCAUGCUGCCCAUCAAGUGAACAAGAUGAACACUAAAGCUCGCACGUCUCAACAGAUUCGAAAACACCCUUUGAAUCGUCAAAAUGAGAAUAAGGUGCAGAUGCAGGGAACUAGAUCACCAAGUGGAAACCAAAAGAGCAAAGAGAAGAAAUUGGCAUUAUUGCAAGAUGUUGACAGAUUGAAGAAGAAGCUCAGAGAUGAAGAAAACAUACAUAGGGCCCUACAAAGAGCUUUUAAUAGGCCUUUAGGUGCUCUUCCUCGUUUGCCACCUUAUCUGCCUCCAAAUACACAGGAGCUUCUUGCAGAGAUUGCUGUCCUAGAAGAGGAGGUGGUUCGGCUCGAAGAGCAGGUUGUGACUUUCAGGCAUAACUUAUAUGAGGAAGCUGUAUUCAUUUGUUCAAAGAGGAAAUUGGAGAGUCCUGUGGAUUACUACGAGCGAAUAUUGAGUAGAUGUUCAUCUAAAGAUGAGCAUUCUGAUUCAGAGAUAUCUCCAAUAUCAGUUGCCAGAACGGCGUCAACUUCAUCUGACAUUGUGUCUGACCGUUCUUCGCUGUCACUAGCUAGAACCACCUCAACGUCAUCUGAUAUUGUUUCUGAUCAAACAGCGCAGAAUUCUAGUGAUUUGGUUAAUAGGAAAGGUGUAGUGGAUGAACCUAAUUCGACUGCAGAUUCUUUGGAAAACUGCAAACAGAAAGAAAAUAAAACACUUAGCAAUUCCAAUAGUAGGAAUACAAACAUUAAAACUCGUCAUAUUAGGAGAAAUUCUGGUGAUUUGAUGAAUGGGAAACAAGGUUUGAGUAAUCAUGAUUUUUCCUUGGAGUUAAUGAAGGAGAAGAAAGGAGAAGGUGAUAAGAAGUGUUCUAUUAACUUCAGAAACAUUGAAUUCUCAGAAAGAAAACUUUCCAGGGUCAAGACACCGGUUAAGAAGUCUUCUUUCAAGCGUCAACCAUCUCAGAAACAGCAGCCAGUAAACAAAGAAUUAGGAGGAGACAGCGAGCCAAACAAGAUCUCAGAAGACAUAUUGAAGUGUCUGUGUAGCAUUUAUAUAAGGAUGGGCACAACAAAUGAUAAAGGAACUCAGCUGGACACAUCACCUUUAUCAUUUGUUUCUCGACAAAAGAAGGAAGAUUCGGAGUUUCAGGAUCCUUAUGGAGCUUCUGCAGAAAUCAAGGCUAGAGAUAUUGGUGCUUACAAGAAUUUCUGCUUAAUUGAUGCUAUCUCGUUUGAUCAGAAACGGAAAAGAAAUGCUCUAUUCUUGCUUCAUAAACUCAAGCUCCUCCUUGGAAAGCUUGCCAGAGUCAGCUUGGACGGUCUUAGCCACCAGCAUAAGCUUGCAUUCUGGAUUAACACUUACAAUGCCUGCUUGAUGAAUGCUUUUCUAGAGCAUGGAAUACCCGAGAGUCCAGAAAAGGUUGUAUUGCUGAUGCGUGAGGCAACGAUAACGGUGGGAGGCCAGAGAAUGAAUGCAAUCACAAUCGAGCAUUUUAUUUUAAGAUUACCAUACUAUUUAAAACAGGGUGGCAGAAAAUCUGCCAAGGGUGAUGACCUAAAGGCAAGCGAGAUGUUUGGUUUGGAGUGCGUAGAACCAUUGGUCACGUUUGCCUUAUCCUGCGGAAGUUGGUCAUCUCCUGUUGUGAGGAUAUACACAGCAUCUCAAAUUGAAAGUGAAUUGGAAGUAGCAAAGAAAGAGUAUCUCCAGGCGGCAGUUGGAGUGUCGAAGAAUGACAAGCUCUUAAUACCGAAGCUGUUGGAUUGGUAUCAACUUGACUUUGCGAAGAAUUUAGACUCAUUGGUUGAUUGGAUUUGUCUCCAGUUACCUGAUGAGCUUAGGAAAGAAGCAUUUAGCUGUCUUGAGAGAAAAGAAAAAGUUAAUCUUUCAGAUUUAGUAGAAGUGGUACCAUAUGAUUUCAGUUUCAGGUACAUUAUACAUCCAUAGCUUUUUUGUGCAAUUUUAGAUUUCAUUUCCAGCCCCUGGAGCAAUUAGCAGGCCUGUAAUUUACUAGCACAAAAUUACAGAGUAUAUAGUUUUUUUAUUUUUUUUGGGUUUAUUAUAUCAAAUUCUUUUUUUAGUUGGUUUUUGUGAGGCUGCGAAGUAGGUACCUCUAUAUGUCCACAAAGGCACAAACGGAGCCUCUGUAUUGAUUUGAUUAUUUCAUUUGAUAUAUGUAAUUAGUUUCUUUUCAA